AUGACAUUCACAAAGUCCGAAACUCUGCGCAUCGCCUCUGCAUCCGGGUCUGUUACUGACAGACGUCAUGGGCUGGCAGAGUUGGCCCAAAAAGAAAAUGUCCAAUUUAUCGUUGGCGAUUGGAUGUCUGAGUACAACAUGACCACUCGCGGUGGAGCGAAAGUGAAAGGAAACCAACAGUCGUCGGAAUUUGAGACGUCAUUCUUGGAAUCUAUUGAGCCCGCCCUAGAGAGCCUCGCAACAAGAAAGAUCAAGGUUGCCGUGAAUGCCGGGGCUAGCGAUACCAGAAAACUUCAUGAUGUUUUGGUUACUGCUAUUCAAAAUAAAGGGCUUGAUCUUAAGGUGGCUUGGAUUGAGGGCGACGAGGUUUCUGAUCAACUCCAACAGGCCAUUAAGGUCGGGGAGGAAUUUACCAAUUUGACAACCGGCCAAAAGCUUUCUGAGUGGCAAUUUGAUCCGAUCUAUGCACAGUGCUAUCUUGGUGCAUGGGGCAUCGUUGAGGCAUUGAACCAGGGUGCCGAUAUUGUCCUAUGUGGCAGAGUGACGGAUGCCUCCCCAACAAUUGCCUGUGCUGCCUAUUUUCACAAAUGGAAUCGGCAAAACUUCGAUCAACUUGCACAUGCCUUUGUAGCAGGUCACUUCCUUGAAUGCUCGACAUAUGUCACAGGAGGUAACUUCUCGGGAUUCAAAUCAUUGCCUGGGCUGGGGGUUGAUAUCGGCUUCCCUGUUCUUGAGAUUAGCCCCACUGGUGAAUUCGUCGUGACCAUUCAAGACGGAAAAGAGGGCAUGGUGACUGAGAAUACAUGCAAAGCGCAAUUGCUUUACGAGAUUCAAGGGCCACUUUACUACAACCCUGAUGUAGUUGCUAUCUUGGACGACAUUAUUAUCAAGGAAGAAGGACCAAAUCGCGUUCACGUCUCCAAUGUUAAAAGCAUCCCACCCCCUCCUACAACAAAGAUAGGUAUUACUGCGUUGGGUGGUUUCCAAGCGGAGGUCCACUACUUUCUAUGCGGACUAGACAUCGAAGAAAAAGCUGCUCUACUUGAAAGACAAAUCCGCCACCUACUCGACGAGUCCCAGUACCAUACUCUUGUCUUCCGAACAACCGGUUCAAGCGCUUCCGAUCCGUCUAGUCAAGACGCAGCCACGGUUGAUGUGCGCAUCUUCGCCCAAUCGCGAUCUGAAGACGCACUUGCACUUGCCAACUUCUUCAGGCCUUGUACAGAUACAAUUAUGCAAAGUUAUCCGGGUGCUACAUUCGCCGUGGACGCCCGUCAGGGAGCUCCGAAGCCAUAUUACGAAUACUUCGUUUCUAUCUUCCCACAAGAUCGCAUGCGCCACGUCUGCCACAUUCCGUUCAAAGAGACCCAGAUUUCCAUUGAACCGCCCACCGAAACCGUUCCUUUCGUUUUGGAGCAGCCAACCUAUGAGACCAAAGCGCCAUUUGAUCUCGAUGUGUUCGGUCCCACUACUCGGGCACCCUUGGGAUACGUGGUACAUGCUCGAUCCGGUGAUAAAGGCUCCGAUGCGAACGUGGGAUUCUUUGUCCGUCAUGCCGAUGAAUGGGACUGGCUACGGAGUAUUCUCACUGUCGAAAAGGUUCGAGCACUGCUCGGGAAGGAUGAUGUUGGAAACCAAAUAUUCCGUUUCGAGCUCCCAAAUAUCUGGGCUGUGCAUUUCCUUUUGAAGGAUCACUUGGAUCGUGGGGUGGCUUCAAGCUCCACUUAUGAUGUCCUAGGAAAAAACGUAGCAGAGUAUCUCCGUUGCAAGUAUGUGGACAUUCCGAACAAAUUUUUGGCCAGGGGGAGAAUUUGA